AUGUUCACGAAGACGCUGACCACUCUCGCUGCGACGGCGGCCGUCGCGAGCGCGACGCUCGUGAGCAAUGACACCGACCCGCUCUUGCGGAUCAACAUCACGUCGCCGGAUGAGUCUGCACACGCAACUUUCCUCCCCUUCGGUGCGACGAUGAACUCGUUCUGGGUGAAGGACAAGUAUGGCGAGUUCCGUGACAUCCUCGUCGGUUUCGACAACCUCACGAACUACGAGUCAAGUCGCGCCUUCUUCGCCCCGGUUGUGGGCCGCUACGCGAACCGUAUCCGCAACGGCACUUUCACCAUCCCUAUCUCGAAGGACGCCUCCGGUCCUGGAGAGAAGUACCAGGUCCCCGAGAACGAGCACAAUGGCACGAACUCGCUGCAUGGUGGUGACAACGGCUUCGAUCGCCGUGACUGGAGCGUCGUUGACCAAGGCGCGAACUACGUUUCGUUCGCCCUGGUUGACCCUGCUGGUACGGAAGGCUUCCCUGGUACCGUCUUGACUACGGUUACCUACAGCCUGAACAACGACUCCGUCUUUGACGUGGCCAUUUCCGCCUCCGCGACCGCAUUGACCCCCAUCCUCCUCUCCGCCCACCAAUACUGGAACUUCGAGGCGUACAACGAGACCGAGGAUCUUUCCGGCCACUACUUUGAGAUCAAGUCCAGCAAGAUCAUCGAGACGGAUGGGAACCUCAUCCCGAAUGGCAAGUUGAAGGACAUCAAGGGCACGUUGGCGGACUUCAACAAGGCGAAGAGUAUGGGUGCUGCUAUCAACAAGACCACGGCUGGCGAGUACUGUGGUACUGAUUGCAUCGGGUUCGAUAACGCUUGGAUUUACGACAAGCAACAUUCCAGCAGCACGCCCGUUCUCUCUAUCUACAGCAAGAACUCUGGAAUCAAGCUGGAUGUCACGACGAACCAACCCGCUCUCCAGAUCUACACCUGCAACAGCAUGGGCUCCGUCCCUCGCAAGGCUUCGCAGGGUGGCUCGGAGAACGGCACUGCCAUCUACGAGAAUCACUCGUGCUUCGUUCUCGAGCAGGAGAGCUACCUUGACGCGAUCAACAAUCCCGAGUUCGGCGUCGACCAAAUCUAUGGUCCCGACAGGCCGUACUUCUGGAGCGCGAGCUACGCGUUUUCUGUCCUUGACGACAAAAGCCACCAUUAA